CUGGAAUGCCUGUGGCUGAGUUCUGUACAGGGCCCGGGUGCUGAAAGGGCAGGGAACAAUCGAUGGUGCUAUUUUGAACUGAUUUUUCUUUCCCCCACAUUUUUAUUUUUGCACAUAGAGUCUCAUGUCUAAUAUUUAGACAUGAUGAGCUUUGUGCAAAAUAUAGUUUUGCUCAUUCUUGCCAUUUUUCAGCCCUCAGUUAUUUUGGCACAACAAGAUGUCAUUCUAGGAUCAUGUACUCAUCUUGGGCAAGUAUACGCUGACAGGGAUGUAUGGAAACCAGAACCAUGCCAGAUUUGUGUAUGUGAUUCAGGAAACGUUCUUUGCGAUGACAUCAUCUGUGAUGAUCAGGAAUUAGAUUGUGUCAACCCAGAAAUUCCAUUUGGAGAAUGUUGUCCAGUUUGUCCAACAGCACCAACAUCAGAAAAACCUCCUCCUCGUCCUAAUGGUCAUGGUCCUCAAGGCCCCAAGGGAGACCCUGGUAGUCCUGGUAUCCCCGGUAGACCUGGUUCACCUGGCUCCCCUGGAACGCCAGGCAGUCCCGGUCCUCCUGGCUCACCUGGGAUCUGUCAGUCAUGUCUCCCUGGAAAUGGAGGAAGUUAUUCUCCUCAGUAUACUGGCUAUGACACGAAGAAGGCUGGUGGUAGUAUCAUUGAUGGUGUGUAUCCAGGACUGCCUGGUCCUCCUGGCCAACCCGGGCCCCCUGGCCCAACUGGCCACCCAGGUCAACCCGGUGCGACUGGAUACCAAGGUUCCCCUGGUGAGCCUGGACAACCUGGCCCUGCUGGACCUCCAGGCCCAGCUGGAAUAAUUGGCCCAGCUGGCCCAGCUGGAAAAGAUGGAGAACCUGGAAGACCAGGCAGAAAUGGUGACCGUGGAUUCCCUGGACCAGCGGGCCACAAAGGACACCCUGGUGUGCCUGGAAUGCCUGGAUUGAAAGGUCAAAGAGGCAAUGAUGGAAAAGACGGUAACAGAGGAGAAGCUGGUGCUCCUGGUCCAAAGGGUGAAAAUGGUCAUCCUGGAGAAAGUGGAUUGCCUGGGGCAAUGGGUCCAAGAGGUCCCCCUGGUGAAAGAGGAAGACCAGGAAAUCAUGGUGGUCCUGGUGCUGCUGGUAAAGAUGGUAUCCCAGGAGUAGCUGGUCAACCUGGGCCCCCCGGCCCCCCUGGAACUCCAGGAUUCACAGGCCCUCCAGGUUUUAAGGGUGAGCCUGGUCCUCCCGGUCCCGCAGGGUCAAGUGGUCCCCCUGGAGCAAGAGGAGAACCUGGUCCCCAAGGUCAUAUUGGAGCAGUUGGUCCUCCUGGCCUUACUGGAAGACCUGGAAGCUCAGGUCCUAAAGGUGAAGUAGGCCCUUCUGGUAUUCCUGGUGCUCCUGGAUUAAGCGGAGCUCGUGGUCCUCCUGGCCCCCCAGGUGUUAAUGGAAUUCCUGGAGCAAAAGGCCCACCGGGUGAACCUGGUAAGAAUGGUGGAAAAGGGGAGCCAGGUGCAAGAGGCGAGCGUGGUGAAAAUGGUUCUCCAGGAUCUCAGGGUCCCCCUGGUGAAGAAGGCAAAAGAGGCAGUAAUGGAGAGCCAGGGGCAAAUGGUUUACCUGGUACACCAGGAGAAAGGGGUUCCCCAGGUUUCCGUGGCCUACCCGGUAGUAAUGGACUUCCAGGUGAAAAGGGUCCCCCUGGUGAACGUGGUGGUCCAGGACUUCCAGGCUCACAUGGACCUCAAGGAGAACGUGGACAAGAUGGUAACCCAGGUCCUCCAGGACUUAGAGGUUUGACUGGAAGUCCAGGAAGCCCAGGAGCUGAUGGCAAACAAGGACCUCCAGGACAUCAGGGUGAACCUGGUCGAGUUGGUCCCCCAGGCCAACCAGGUUCACGAGGUCAACCAGGUGUGAUGGGUUUCCCAGGUCCUAAGGGUAGUGAGGGUAUGCCAGGUAAAAAUGGAGAAAGAGGUCUUCCUGGUCCCCCUGGCUCACAGGGUCUUCCUGGAAAGGAUGGUGAAGGUGGUCCACCAGGUCUCACAGGACCUCCUGGUGGUUCUGGAGAAAGGGGAGAACCAGGAACUAUGGGCCCACCUGGCUUACAGGGAUUGCCAGGUAACCCAGGAUUAGCUGGAGAGAAUGGAAAACCUGGAGAAGCAGGAAUAAAAGGUGAACCUGGAGGUCCUGGACUCCCAGGCAGUAAGGGUGAAAAUGGCAUCCCAGGUGAACGUGGUGCACAAGGUCCUCCAGGGAGCCCUGGAGCUAGAGGUGGAAUAGGUCCACAGGGUCCAGAAGGUUCCAAGGGUCCUCAAGGUCUUCCAGGCCCCCCUGGUGGUCUAGGACCUCCUGGCCUACAGGGAAUGCCAGGGGAGAGAGGACCUGGUGGCAGUGCUGGACCCAAAGGAGAAAAGGGAGAGCCUGGUGGAAGAGGCGGUGAUGGCUUACCUGGUAAAGAUGGAGUGAGAGGUCCUGCAGGUCCCAUUGGACCUCCUGGUCCAUCUGGCCCACCUGGAGAAAAGGGUGAUAUUGGACCACAUGGCGCCCCUGGUCUUCCUGGUGCCCGUGGGGGUCCUGGUGACCGAGGAGAACAAGGUUCCACAGGGCCUCCUGGAUUCCCCGGACCUCCUGGACAAAAUGGGGAUCCUGGUGGAAAAGGAGAGAAAGGCCCUCAGGGCCCACGAGGUGAGAAUGGUCCCCCUGGACCUGCAGGCCAACCAGGAGGCUCUGGUGCACCAGGCCCACCUGGUCCCCAGGGAGUAAAAGGAGAACGUGGUACUCCUGGUAGCCCUGGCUCAGGUGGUUUCCCUGGUCCCCGUGGUCCGCCUGGUCCCCCUGGUAAUAAUGGUAAUCCAGGGCCACCUGGUCACGCUGGAGCUGCAGGCAAGGAUGGCCCUCCUGGUCCAACAGGUCACACUGGUCCAGCUGGCAGACCAGGUGGUGCUGGUCCAAAAGGUGACCCUGGCCCACCAGGUGAAAAAGGUCCACCAGGAGGACAAGGAGAACGAGGUUCAAUAGGCUUUCCAGGCCCUCCGGGUCUAGUGGGCGGACGUGGUCAAGUAGGAUUACCAGGCUCACGUGGCCAACCAGGCUCUUCUGGUCAACCUGGACCAAAGGGUGAAGAUGGUAAACCAGGAGUGAAUGGCAGUCCAGGAGAGCGUGGUCUACCAGGUCAAAAUGGUGCUGCUGGUCUAAGAGGCUUACCAGGAGAGCCUGGCAGAGAUGGUAAUCCUGGAUCAGAUGGUUUGCCAGGUCGUGAUGGAUCCUCAGGACCAAAGGGUGACCGUGGUGAAAAUGGUUCUCCUGGUAUACCUGGUCCACCUGGUCAUCCUGGCCCCCCUGGUAACACCGGUCCAGCAGGAAAAGCAGGUGAAAGAGGAUUUCAGGGUCCUCAGGGUCCUGCUGGUCCUCCUGGUCCUGCUGGUGCCCGUGGUACUGCUGGUCCCCCAGGUGCUCGUGGUGAAAAAGGUGAAGCUGGUGAGCGUGGCAUCAAUGGCAUUAAGGGUCACAGAGGACAUCCUGGCACCCCAGGCCUCCCUGGCCCCCCUGGUGCAUUGGGUCCACCAGGUUCAAAUGGAAAUCCAGGAGCUAUGGGUGCCAGGGGUCCUCCUGGACCAUCUGGUCCUCCUGGAAAAGAUGGUUUAGGUGGUUACCCAGGUCCCAUAGGUCCUCCAGGUCCUCGUGGUAAUCGAGGUGACACUGGUGCUGCGGGCCCACCUGGCCCACCUGGUCUCCCAGGUCCUCCUGGAGCUACUGGUCCAUGCUGUGGUACGAUAGACGGGCCAGAUAAAGGACUUGUAUAUCCAUUCUACAAUGACCAGCCAAGUGAUGAAAAGAUCAACAUAAAUGAAAUUUUAUCUUCAAUGAAAUCAAUUAAUAGCCAGAUUGAAAACAUCAUUAGUCCUGAUGGCUCACGGAAAAAUCCUGCUCGUAACUGCAGAGAUCUGAAAUUCUGCCAUCCUGAAUUCAAGAGUGGAGAAUACUGGAUUGAUCCUAAUCAAGGUUGCAAGUUGGAUGCUAUUAAAGUGUACUGUAAUAUGGAAACGGGUGAGACAUGCAUCAGUGCUAAUCCCAGGAGUGUGCCACGUAAGAAGUGGUGGACAAGUACAGAUGGUGAAAAGAAACACAUAUGGUUUGGAGAAUCUAUGGAUGGUGGCUUUCAGUUCAACUAUGGAGAUUCAGACCUUCCAGAAGAUGUCUCAGAUGUUCAGCUGGCAUUCCUGAGAGUUCUCUCUAGCCGAGCCUCUCAGAAUAUCACAUAUCACUGCAAAAAUAGUAUUGCUUACAUGGAUCAGGCCAGUGGAAAUGUUAAGACAGCUCUGAAACUGAUGAGCUCUAUUGAAAGUGAAAUCAAGGCUGAAGGAAACAGCAAAUUCACAUAUGCAGUUCUGGAAGAUGGUUGUACUAAACACACUGGUGAAUGGGGUAAAACUGUCUUUGAAUAUAAAACACGCAAGACCAUGAGGCUGCCCUUGAUUGAUAUUGCACCCGUCGAUAUUGGUGGUCCUGAUCAAGAAUUUGGUGUGGACAUUGGCCCAGUUUGCUUCUUAUAAAUCAAAGAUACUGCUCCUUCUGAAACCCUAGCAAACAAAUUCACACUCCAUCGGUGCUCCUUUUGUUUAAACUUUGUCAGCUAGUACAGGUCCAUAUCCCAGUUAUUUAUUAACAAAAUUUCUGGGAAUAAAAAAUAAUUUGAUUUAAAGGUUUUGUGGGGGGUUUUGCUAUUACACAAAGUACAAUAAAAAUGCUUUUUGCUUUUUUUUUUUUUUUUUUACCAAAUUCCAUCUUCAAAACGUGUCUCCAUGGUGCUAUAAUAAAACUUCAACACUAAAUAAAACAACACUGUGUUCUAUUAGUUAAAUACUAGCCAAUUUAAAAAGCACUGAUUGCUCCCAGUAUCAAAGUUUACCCUCCUUUCUAAGAUGAAGUCCAUAAAGCUAGAAAGACUUCCCUGUUUCAACUACCUCAACAUGGACAGAAACUGGGAUGAGUCUGAUGAUUCACACCAAAAAUAACCAAACAAAUAAAAAAUGUUGGAACUAUUGGUUAAUUCAUUGGUACCAUUUGGCUUAAAAUGAUAUAUUUCUGUACUGAUUAGUUAUGACCAGAGUACAGGGCAUCUGAAGAAUUUUGAAUACCUUAAUGUCAACAAUUGCCAUGAUGUUACUGCUGGAUUGUAUUAUGUUUUCAAGGGUGCUUCUAUACUUUCCUGUCAUUGCUGGUCAAGACCACUAAAAUUAAGGAAGUGUAAAAGACUAAUGUGUUGGUGCUAAUGUAUUUUGCACUUCUAAAUCUGCAAGGCAGAUUUAUUGACUUCCAUUAAAAGUAAAGGUUUAGCAACAAUUGUAAAUGUCUCCUGUUAAAUAUGUAAUUGGCAUGUCCUUUUUGAAGGCUAUGUCUCUUCACCCUGUAAAAGUCAAAAGAUGCAGAAUCGUGAAUUUCCUUUGUCACAUUAAAACAUUUAUAGUGUUGAAGGUUAACCAUCUUUGUAAGCUUUUAUAUGGUUGUUGGUCUAUUCCUUACAAAGACACAUAAUAAAAUAUCAUGAAAAAAAUCCUC